CUCUGUCCACCGUCAGUUUCAUUCAAACCUUUCGCCGAGCAGGAGCACAGGAUAAAUUGUUUUUAAAAAAUCAACACUAUAUAAUAUGAAUUUCGGUACUUUGUGAAUUUACAGGUUUUCUCGAAGUGUGUACGUAUACUUUUCAAAGGACUCGACGAAUAUUUAAGAUUAUAAUUUCGUGAAAAAAUGGCAAUGUUUUUAAGCUUUAUAUGUUUAAUAUUUGUAUGGACCUCAGUGAGUGGUCACAGGACUGGAGCCAACCCAAUGGCAUGUGAUACUAUGAAGCCGGGUCACGGUGCUAACGUGAGAAGAACUACUGCAACUCCGUACAUUAUUGAUACAAACUUGGACGGUUAUGUACCCUGUACCCAGAACGGACAACGGGACUGCGGUGUUAUUGUUCGUAUUCGAGGACGCAGAGGGCGCUUCAAUGCUCAGUUUAAGGGAUUUCUCCUGCAAGCCCGAACAAAAACUCCCGACGGUCAACUCCGGUAUAUAGGAGAAUAUAGAUAUAUGAACGGUCAGCAAGUUGUUGGAAGGGCCAAUCCAAAUGUUAUGCAGAUGCAAGGUCAGUUCGGGAGAGGUCGCCGACAGGUGCCCCCAGGAUUCAACCCCAACUUUAACCCAAAUAAUCCUUUUAUGGGAAAUCAAGCUAACCAAAUAAACAACAAUGUAAUGUGCCAGAGGAUGCAGUGUAACCGGGGCACAGGAGUGACCCACACCGAAAGUUCGCCCAAAAAUAUGGUGCAAUUACAGUGGAUACCGCCCGUGGGUUACAACAGGCCAGUUCAGUUUGUAGCGACAGUGGUGCGAGACUAUAACACAUUUUGGAUGGGACAUAGAUCACGUGCAAUCAGGUCACGCCCAGCUCUUAGACUCAUCAAUGGCGGUGUUGCCAACACAGCCAGAUGGUACAGCAGCGCCACCAGGGCAUCUUCCGGUAUCGUCUUGUUGCUGACGUCAUUAUGUACAUUAUUUUAUUUUUUUAUGUGAUACCAUUGACUUUCGAAAUAUGUGCUAACUAAACGUGGUCUUUUUGUGUCAAAUAUCUACAAAGCAUAAUUUUGAGCAAUAGAUAACGAAAGGACGCCUGAAAAGUGUGGUUGCCAACAAUUGCCGGAUGACGGCGUUCCUUUCAACGUCUGCUGCAAUGAAUGAUUCAUAUUAUCACUUGAGAUUGGACAAUUCAUGUGUUUCCCAAAGUCAGAGAUGUUAACCUAAUUACGAAUAUGAAUCCAAAAUGACUGAGUACUGACUAUCAAUUAACUAACUAAUCUGAUUUAAAAGAUGUAUUACCUUAAGCGGUAUUUUCCCGGAGGCAUAUCAUAUAUAUACAUGUAUAUAUUCAUAUAACUUGGUAUUUCAUGAAAUUAUUUGCUGAAGGGGACAUCUUUUUGCCCAUUUACGUAGUACAUUGUAAUUAAAUCUUUUUGAAAAGAAAAAUUCUUUAGAAAAAAACAACAAUAACCGAUAAAUUUCAUACAUUCACUUAUGUGUGCGUGCGUGCGUGUGUGUGUUUUAAUGUCCGUGUAUGCGCACCUGGGUGAGUGUAUGUGGUAAGUAAUAGUUCACAGAAUAUUAUUGUAAAUUAUCACGUAUGUUAUAUCUAUUCCAGUUUUGAGUUAAUAAGCAGCUUUAUUUGUAGAUUGCAUUUCUAAUAAGCAAUCGCCCUUAAAUCAGUAGAAAGUAUUAACGUGUAUAGGGAUUAUAUGACAACCAGUUUUAAUUUAAAAAGUGGAUGAAUAUAAAGGAAGCUUUGAGUGAACGGUGUUCGAGUGAGUGAGUGAGUGAGUGAGUGAGUGAGUGAGUGAGUGAGUGAGUGAUUGAGUGAGUGAGUGAGUGAGUGAGUGAGUGAGUGCAAAUGUAUGGAAGAGUAUAAAAACAAACGGAGAAACAUCUCUGUACCCUAAUGAACUUUCAUAAUUGAUUUCGUUACCAAUAUUGAGUACUUGACAUUCGUGACAGCUAGCUGUUGCCACAUUUUCUAAAAUGAUUAAUAUUUUCAUCAAAGAAUGUUUUUUUUAUCUUUUAUUGGAAACUGAAUUUAUUAUACAUCAGUAUGUCUGUUAUUGCUCGAAUGAUUCAUAUUUUAUACAUGAUUUUGUAUGGUUUGUUAAUAAAAGCUUUUUAUACACCUCUGUUUUAGACUUUACGUUAAAUUUAAUGAAACAUAGACUC